UGUUAUUGCUAUCUGUCAUUUGCACCGAACUUGGGGAUUAUUAUUGCUGUGCCGUGCAAAGUGCAUGUAAAUGCAAUAUCGGAUCUGUGCAAGGUUUUUGCCCUUUCGCUGGGUGUUUGCGCGCGACCUGUUGUUCGUUUCCACCAUCGCCGCCGUCACAAUUCGCCCGGCCUUAGCCACAAGCAGUUCGUGCUUUGCCAGCCAGGAAAGGUGCUUCUCUUCCAGUGCCCCACCGUCCAGUUCCAGUUCCAGUAGUUCCAUUUCCAUGAUGAGCGACCAAACGGGUGAAUCCUACCAAGCUGGCAGCAGUUCGGUGGCCUUUGUGACCACUCCGGAUCGGGAAACGGCUAGGAAACUGGCACGCAGCAUCAUCGAACGGAAACUGGCCGCCUGUGUCAACAUUGUUCCCCAGAUCGAGUCAAUCUACCUGUGGGAGGGCAAGGUCAACGAGGACAACGAGUUCCUGCUGAUGAUGAAGACGCGCACCAGUCGCAUCGACGAGCUGAGCAAGUUCGUCCGCGAGAAUCAUCCAUAUAGCGUCGCCGAGGUCAUCUCGCUGCCCAUACAGAAUGGCAAUCCACCGUAUCUCGACUGGAUCGCGCAGACGGUGCCGGAAAAGGCGGAUAAAAACCAGGACUAGACCGAAUUUAUAAUGUAUUUAAUGCAAUUAAAUGUUCACUGCAAA